AUCUGCUUCCGGAGGUCAGAGUUGAGUAUACCGGUAUGCUCUAUGUAACCAUCCACAUGAAGAAGGUUAUAUGUCCAUGGUCAUAACAGAACAAAUGAUGAAUAUCGUUUGAGAUAACGUCUUAUAGGUGUUUGUUGCUGCUUGGGUCGUGAUGAGCGUCCCGUCCAUACUAAGAACAGCUGCUCGAAACUUCCUCCCGCCGGGGAGAGGCUCCAGCCGGCUCCGCUGCCGGGCAUUGUCUUCCUGCAGCAACACAAGAAAAAUGUCUUCCAAAAGACAAAUGGACCAUCUAGAAAAGACUUCUAAAGACUACAGGCAGAAUGCUGUUUAUCCGGCUCAAGUGUGCGGCAUCAUCCAGGAGUCUGACACCGUGAAGCGCCUGAGAAUCUCCGUCCAUCCAGACUUCACCUUCAAGGCAGGGCAGUGGGUGGACUUCUUCAUCCCCGGCGUGGAGAAGGUGGGGGGUUUCUCCAUGUGCUCCUGCCCGGGCCUGCUCCAGAGGGAGGGGGUCAUUGAGCUGGCGGUCAAAAAGGCCCUGCACCCCCCAGCCCACUGGAUCCACACCGCGUGCACGGUGGGCGCCCACGUCGCCAUGCGGGUGGGGGGGAACUUCUUCUUCGACCCGCGGCCCACCGACCCCCCCGCCGACCUGCUGCUGGUGGCCGGGGGCGUGGGCAUCAACCCGCUCUACUCCGUCCUGCUGCACGCCGCCCACCUCGCGCGGCAGCACCACGCCUCCGGGGGGCGGGACUACCGCAUGGGCUCCGCCCACAUGCUCUACAGCGCCAAGAGUGUGCAGGAGCUGCUGUUCAAGAACACCAUCUUGGAGCUGAGCCGAGAGUUCCCCGGCCAGUUCUCCUGUGACCUGCGCGUCACGGAGCCCUCCCAGGACCCCGCCCGGGACCAGGACAUCCUGCCCGUCACCCGCCGUGGGAGGAUCACGGAGGCGGACCUGCGGGCUCACGUGGACCCCCAGAGGACCCUGUGCUACCUCUGCGGACCCCCGCCAAUGAUCGAAGCCAUCUCCCAGUCCCUCAUAGACCUGGGCCUGCCCAAGGACCGGAUCCUCUUUGAGAAGUGGUGGUAGAACUAAAACCCCCCCCCACACACAGAACUCAGACCCCCAGAAUCCCACUGGGCAGAGAACCCACUGGACACAGCCCUAUACAUCAAUAUUUUAAUUUUUUAAUUUUUAAUUUAAAUCCUGAACGUGAUGUUCUGGCCAAGGAUGCAGCAGUACAACAUGGGUUUACACCUUCAGAUUAUUGCAGGACUGCCACGCCUCUACUGUAAGAACAUUUAUACAUGAAAAUAUAUAAGCAUAUGCUUGCCUGUAUGUGAAGAGUCCGAACAGAGUAAGCAAGCCUGCAGCUGCUGCACCCUGAUACAUGGAGAGAACACCCAGGGAGUUGGCCUUCUUUUCUGGAUUCAGUUGACGGCGUUGCAGGCUGACCAGACUCACAAACACCCCAGCAAGGCAGUGCUUGGCUGAAGACUGAUGCACUUAUUGACCUGCAGUGCAGCAGGGGACCUGCCUUUGAGCCCACAGGACUCUCGAGUGUGGAUUAGAAACGGCCUGGCCCCUUCCUUUUACACUGUGCAACAUGUCUGCCGUUACGUUAGACAAAUAUCUUCAAUCUCUCCUUUAUUUAAAUACCUCAGAAAUGUGAUAUUAUGCAAAAUGUGUUUUUUUCUUUUUGAUGCAAUCAAAAAAACCGAUAAUGUUGUAUAAUGAUGCCUGUGUACUGUUUUGGUACAGUGAUUUAAAAGACUGAGGAGUAUUUAUAUUUUGUGCAAGUAAAGAUUUUAACAGGGA